AGCGUCAGUGCGCACCAACACCGACCCGCUUGCCAGCUGUAUUUCUUCGCUUGUGAUUGGGCGGAGGGCGGUGAUUCCUUCUGUCACGAUUUGGGUAGCUCCCACCGGAGGACACCGACAGUCUGAGUCCAGUCUUUGCCGUGGUGCCCACCAGAAGAGACGGUGCACACCGGGAGGAGAGACGCGUGAAGGUUUCGUCUCAGGGGUCGGACUUGACAACCCAGGAUUUGUCCUCCUGCCUGUGUCGGCGAGGAGAGGAGCGGCGAGGAGAGGAGAGAAAAGGGGGGAUCUUCUGUGCUGGAGCGACCGGCCGCCUUUCUUCUGUCAGGGCUGCGGUAAAAGUCGUUCACGAUGCCGGUGUUUCACACCAAGACGAUCGAGAGUAUCCUGGAGCCGGUGGCCCAGCAGAUCUCUCACCUGGUCAUCAUGCACGAGGAGGGGGAGGUGGACGGGAAAGCCAUCCCGGAUCUGACGGUACCGGUGGCUGCGGUGCAGGCGGCAGUCAGCAACCUUGUGCGGGUUGGGAAGGAAACUGUUCAAACCACUGAGGACCAGUUGAUGAAGAGAGAUAUGCCUCCUGCGUUCAUCAAGGUGGAGAACUCGUCUUCUAAACUCGUCCAGGCAGCUCAGAUGUUGAAGGCAGAUCCGUACUCUGUUCCUGCACGAGAUUACCUUAUCGAUGGAUCCAGAGGGAUAUUGUCUGGAACGUCAGACCUGCUCCUUACCUUUGAUGAGGCCGAGGUGCGUAAGAUUAUCCGUGUGUGUAAAGGCAUCCUAGAGUAUCUGGCGGUAGCUGAAGUGGUGGAGACCAUGGAGGACCUCAUCACCUACACCAAGAACCUGGGACCAGGGAUGACCAAAAUGUCAAAGAUGAUUGAGGAGAGGCAGCAGGAGCUGACGCACCAAGAGCACAGACAGAUGCUUGUCAACUCCAUGAACACUGUCAAAGAGCUGUUGCCUGUCCUUAUAUCAGCUGUAAAGAUUUUUGUCGCAACCAAGAGUAGUCGAGGUGCUGGUGUGGAGGAGGCCGAGAGGAACAGAAGGUUUACUUUUGAAAAGAUGAGCGCCGAAAUCAACGAGAUCAUAAGAGUCUUACAGCUCACCACAUGGGACGAAGAUGCCUGGGCUAACAAGAAGGAUAUGGAGGCUUUGAAGAGAUCUCUGGCUUUGAUUGAGUCAAAGAUGGCACAAGCUAAAAGCUGGCUCAGAGACCCCCAUGGACAGCCAGGAGACCCCGGUGAGAUCGCACUGCGUGUGAUACUGGAUGAGGCUGGUAAGGUGGGCGAGCUGUGUGCUGGAAGGGAGAGGAAGGAUAUACUGGCAACCACUAAGGCUCUUGGACAAAUGACAGACCAGAUCGCAGAUCUUCGAGUCAGAGGCCAGGGCCCGACCCCAGGGUGUGUGCAGCGCGCAGGCCAGUGCUCACAAGGCUUAGACUUGUUAUUUGGCAAAGUGGACAGUGCUGCACGCAAACUGGAGGCUCUAAUCAAUGCCAAGCAAGCCAUUGCCAGGAGGCUGGAUGCUGCACAGGCCUGGUUGGCUGAUCCUAACGGCGGUCCUGAGGGUGAGGAGAACAUCAGAGCGUUACUAGCAGAGGCCAAACGUAUUGCCGAUCUGUGCGAAGACCCCAAAGAGAGGGACGACAUCCUGCGCUCCAUCAGCGAGAUCGCAGGCCUCACCGCCAGGCUCGUGGAGCUACGCAAACAGCUCAAACUGCAACCUCAUGCCACCAAUAGCUGGCAUAUUUUACCUGCCUGGAAAAUAUGUUGUUGCCUAUCGACUUUGGGCAUCAGCCCUACAAUAAGGGGUAAAGGCGACAGCCCCGAGGCCCGUGCAUUGGCAAAGCAGAUUGGAGCGGCACUGCUCACCCUGCAGUCCAAAACCAACCGGGCUGUGGCCAACAUGAGACCAGCCAAGCCUGCCGUCACUUUGGAGGGCAAGAUGGAGCAAGCCCUCCGCUGGGUGAACAACCCUGGAGUGGACGACAGAGGAGUAGAGUAUGAGAGACUACAGUGGAACACAGGUCAGGCAGCAAUCAGAGGAAUGGUUGGAGAAGGGAGGAGGCUGGCAGGAGGCCUGUUAGGCCCAUAUCGCCAGGAUAUGACUGGACGCUGCGACCGGACAGAGGCCUUGAUGACAUCUUUGGCAGACAUGGCUGGCAGGGGCGAAGCUGAGGCGCCUCACGCACGAGCGACAGCCGCACAGCUACAGGACAGCCUCAAGGACCUGAGGCAGCAUAUGCAGGAGGUGAUGACCCAGGAAGUAUCAGAUGUUUUCAGUGACACCACCACCCCUAUCAAGCUGCUGGCUGUGGCUGCAACUGCUCCUCCUGAUGCCCCCAACAGAGAGGAGGUUUUUGAUGAGCGUGCAGGAAACUUUGAGACCCACGCAGGUCGGUUGGGGGCGACCGCAGAAAAGGCUGCUGCUGUGGGAACAGCCAAUAAGACUACAGUAGAGGGGAUUCAUGCUGCUGUUAAACAUGCCCGGGAGCUCACGCCACAGGUGACCUCAGCUGCUCGUAUCUUGUUGAAGAAUCCUGGAAACAAAGCAGCGUACGAGCACUUUGACACCAUGAAGAACCAGUGGAUCGACAAUGUGGAGAGACUCACAGGUCUGGUGGAUGAGGCCAUAGACACCAAAUCUCUGUUAGAUGCCUCUGAGGAGGCCAUAAAGAAAGACAUCGACAAGUGCAGAGUUGCCAUGGCGAAUGUUCAGCCCCAAAUGCUUGUUGCCGGGGCAACAAGCAUAGCAAGACGAGCUAACCGGGUCCUGUUGGUGGCUAAGAGGGAAGUAGAGAACUCUGAGGAUCCGCGGUUCAGAGACACUGUGAAACAUGCGUCAGACAUCCUCUCACACACCAUCUCACCCAUGGUGAUGGAUGCCAAAGCGGUGGCCGGGAACAUACAAGAUAAAGCUCUGCAGAAGGCCUAUCUGGACUCCUGUCUGAGGAUUCUGGCUGCAGUUGGAAAAGUCAGAGAAGCCUUCCAACCUCAGGAGCCUGACUUCCCCCCUCCACCUCCCGACCUAGACCAGCUCCAUGUUAGCGAUGAGCAGGCGCCUCCCAAGCCGCCCUUGCCAGAGGGCGAGGUACCUCCCCCUCGGCCCCCUCCUCCAGAGGAAAAGGACGAGGAGUUCCCAGAGCAGAAGGCUGGAGAGGUGCUCAGCGAGCCCAUGAUGGUUGCAGCCAGACAGCUGCACGAUGAGGCUCGCAAGUGGUCCAGCAAGCCUGAGGAUGAGGAGGCAGUAGAGGAGAGGGAGGUAGAUGAUGAAGAUGAGUUUACUGAUGGUGAGGAUGACUAUGAGCCAGAACUGCUGAUGAUGCCCUCCAACCAGCCUGUCAAUCAACCCAUUCUGGCAGCUGCCCAGUCUCUCCACCAGGAGGCGCGCAAGUGGUCCAGCAAGGGUAACGACAUCAUCGCAGCAGCCAAGCGGAUGGCCCUGCUGAUGGCAGAGAUGUCUCGGCUGGUGCGCGGCGGCAGUGGGAACAAACGAGCGCUGAUUCAGUGCGCAAAGGACAUCGCCAAGGCCUCGGACGAGGUGACGAGACUGGCUAAAGAAGUGGCCAAGCAGUGCACUGACAGACGCAUCAGGACUAACCUGCUGCAGGUGUGUGAGCGGAUCCCUACCAUCAGUACUCAGUUGAAGAUCCUCUCUACUGUUAAAGCAACCAUGUUGGGACGAACCAACAUUAGUGAAGAGGAGUCAGAGCAGGCCACAGAGAUGUUGGUCCAUAAUGCUCAGAAUCUGAUGCAGUCGGUGAAAGAAACUGUCCGAGAAGCAGAAGCAGCUUCCAUCAAGAUCCGCACAGAUGCAGGAUUCACCCUCCGCUGGGUACGCAAGACCCCCUGGUACCAAUAAACAAACCCGGUUAAUUAAAGGAGUCACACUCUCAACUUGGCGAUACGAUAGCACAUACUUUGAGUAAAAGUAGCAAUGUGCAUACUCAUUACUAGUGAACAUGUGUACCUCUUCAAAGAGACAACUGCAGGCGAUUUCUAUCCAUUCUCCGCUGUAGUUUGUACCAGGAAACAUACGAUUUGGUACCAAGCAGGUUUCAUUUAUUGGAGUGAGUUCAGCUUUUGCUCUCCAGUUCCCUUUAUCUGUAACUGUGGAAUCACGCAGGCUAAUCGGAGACAGUUUUUAAUAUAUAUUUUUGGUAUGUUGUGUUACAAGAGUUUAUCCAAAUCCCAGGUAUAUAUAUUUUUUGCAUGAAAAUGUUUUCUAUUUUCUAAAAGGCAAAAAUAUGACAUUAAGACAUGAUGUCUCAGAGGACAUUUACUUUUGAUUUUGUCGGUGAGAGUUUCUUAUCGUCUCUUGUAUAUACAGUAAGUAUUUGUUUAAUGGACAACACUCAGCUAUGAGCUUUAUUCACUGAUUCUGACACUAAAGUGCGGAGCCUUGUCUGGGCUGACAAGCUCUCCUCUCGUCAUGUUUACUUUUAGUGAUAACACUGUUCUUAAUUGAAGAUCUGCCAGUGAAUUCAAAGGUGAGACAUCAUCACUGCUGUCCGGUGAUGUUUAUACUUGAAGAACUAAAAGGUCUUCUGGAUUUAAAGUGUUAUGACUCUUAGGCAAUGUUACAGUUUAAAACAGAUUAUAUACUGUAAUUUGAAAAAAAGAAUUUAUGGUUUUCUUGAUUGCUGGAAGGUUGACACUUAGAUUUUCACUUGACAGUGGCAGUAUGUGUGGCAGUAAGGUAUAAUUCAAGGUUAGUUGUGAUGUUUUAAUGUGUGUUUGGAGUUAUUUGUUUUAACUUUAUUUAACUUUCACAGUGAACAAUGCCAAAGGAUUUGUUUUACAUUACUGUAAAUUCUUUAAACACUUAAAUCCAGGUUAUUAAAAACAGCAAACAUGGCAGGACUUUUUUUCUUUGGAGACCCUGGAGUUCUUUUUGAGGUCUGUUAUUUUCUACAGGGUUUUUUUUUUUAAAUACUUGUUGUGCUUUGUUUCUGCACUAAAAUCCCAAACAGUUGAACUGUUUGAGAUUUUUAUCAAAAGUGAUCAAAAAACUAUGAUUUAAGACAGCCAUCCUUUUCUUCUUCUCCAUGUGUAGUCCCACUCUGAACGCUCUGACGCAACAUAUGAACACACAUUUUCAAGACAACCCAGGUGGUUUGUGAACAAAAACAACCUUUUUAUGUAAAACCAGUCUAGUUUGUUUGUUUUUUUAGAUCUGAAUCAGGAAACUAUUGAAAAUUAGCUUUCGUUUGUAGUUAUUAACAGUGUUUUGAUUGGUAACUCAACAUGCAGCCAGAUCUAUGAAUGCACAUUUUCUUAUUCUGUCAGUUGCUUCCAUUCCUCAUACAGCAUUUCAUCCAAGUUUAUAAAAUAUUUUUUACAAUAUCUGGGCAAAUUUAACUGUUAAAUGGAGAAUCUGUAUGUGUGUGUGUGAUUGUGUGUGUGUGUGCGUGUAUGUGAAGCCUCUUCACAUAACAGUAUUAGUGAGCCGCCCACGAUGGUUAGGGACAGAGCUCCAAAGAGCAGCACCGAAUGUUAACCACAUUUUCAGUUUUAUUUGGGCCUACUGAGCAUGUAGCAGUCAGUGACCCCUCACUGAGAGCGACAGGGUGUAGUCCUGUGUGUACUUGAUGUGUCACGCCCUGAAUGUAUUCUGAUAGCUUCUAGCCCUGCCAACACAUCUGCUGUGCCUUGGAAGAAUAAAAGAAUAUAAUGAUGA